AUGGGCUGCGUCAGCCGCCGGCCGUACAGGCCCACACCGCGCGGCUCUCAGGGGCUGCCGCAAGCGCGGCAACUGUACCAACAUCAUCCUCAGCAGCAGCAGCAACAACAACAGCAACAGCAGCAUGAGGAUGAAGGCAGCGGUGGUGUGAUUCCCGGCAAACCCUCCAAGACCCGCAUGGCAAUGUCACACACCAAGUCGGCUUCUGGUGACCAAUUCCUGGCGUGGAAAGCUUCCGUCACCCACACCAACUCAAUUGACGAAGUCACACGUUACCAGAGCUACCUGAAAGAAGAGUCGAUACGCCGCGGCAAUAGAUCUCGGUCGUCCAGUUUGGGCAGGAUGCAUUCCGUGACUUCAAGCAUAGGUGAUGGCAAGGGCUUCGUUCCGCGGACAACGUCUGCAGUAUCGUCCGUGUCUGCCUACACCGUGCAUGCUGUCACCCCCAGAGCGAUAACAAGUAUGUCAUCGAUUGGAGCAGCUCGAGGACCUCGUCGAAACAGUGACUCGUCAGCCUGCAGCGACGACCGGUUUGAGAGCAGCAUGGCCCGCAAGUGCUUCUCCACGACACACGCUUCAUCGUCGUCUGCCAAGACUGGCACAAGGCCACAAGCCGUCGAGCGCAGCAUGACGGUAACGACAACCGGAACCGAUGUCGACGAGUCUGGAUUUGAAGACUGGACAGGCUGCACUCAGGAGGACGAGUCACAGCAAGAUGUCACCGUGGAUACGUCGUGGAACAAGCGAGACUCGCGCCAGCGGACCGGUCGCCAACGGCAACAGUCGGAGUCCUGUCUCAGCGAGGUGGACGAAAUGGACCUGCAGUCCGUGUGCGUCCCGCACGCCGAGGCCGACCAGGCGUACUGCAGGUCGGCGGGCACCCCCGGAAGUCCCGACCAAUCACAGCCGCCGGUGUGCCAAUCAACUCCGGAAUGUCGCAGCGUACUGGCACAGCCUCAGAACAGUCUCAGCGAGGAUCUACUGUUAUCGGACAGCAUUUCGGCCAACAACACGCUUAACCUCUCAUCCUUGGAUGCCGACAUCUCUACUAGUAUCGUGGAGAUCAGCCGCGAGGAAGUACCGGCCAUUGCCGUGGAAACGGGGUCAGCGAAGGCGUCGCCCAUGACGACCAGGAAGUGCAGACCCACUGCCGCCGUCGCGCCAUUGAUCUGCGGCGGCCGGAGUUGCUCCAGUGCCGACCCUCUGCUCCUGCCCGACGCCGUCAUCACAGGGCCCGAUGGUUACCAUGACGAUGGCAAAAGCUUCGUCUCGACCGGCGGUGCCGAACCUCAGCAAAACCAACUGUUCCUGCAAGGCCAACCGAAACGGCUAGGCUAUUCGGCUACUACGCAUGUGGAGCAGAAAAACCGACGCGUGCGGGAUGAUGCAGUCGACAAGUCUGGGAAUUCCCUCUCUCCUCGACCGCAUCAAGCGGAUCACAAGACGAAAUCAUUGCCGCUUUACCAGGAAUUUUCCGACUCCGACUCAUUCCUAGUGGGUGAUGCAUACUACUUCUGCUCGUCCAAACCUUCAAUGACGGACUGCUCUUCCAUCGACUCGCGCUAAGCUCCGUAGCCAGUACACCUUUUAGAAAGACACUUAGCAUUGCACGAACAGCCACCACCUCCGACUCAACGUCGAGUCUGCUCGCACCGUCGUCCGGAUAUGUGGCUGUACACUUCCGCAAUGGCCGUUUGACCCCAUCCCCGGACGUCUGUCAGCUCGUCACCGACAGCAGAACAUUUGCACGCGUUCGCAGCUCGAGCUCAAGCGGCCACACAACACACACACACAUACACACACACACACGCACACAGACAUCUCAGUUAGGAGUAACGACAGUGCUCGGCUUCACACUUCACAUUACUCGCUCACUCACUCGCUCACUCACUCACCCGCAAGUGUCAACAGCGAUUGCGCCUUGCCCCGGGCCGGCUGUAGCGCUACGCCAGUCUCCCCUCCAGAUAUUGUGACUUUAACCAUCGGCCACCUCUGCCGCCACUGUAAGAAGACUAUAAUGUCGCUGUGCACGCUAUAUGAAUACACGUAGGUCGGUAGCUACGCACAUCACCAUGACAACCAACGCACUAGAUUAGCACGUCGUCGCACACGGUGCACGAGUAGAUCGGUAGCUAUGCAUAUCGCCAUGCCAACGGAACACGGUCCGGCUGAGCGCGGCCUAUGCUGUUCGGCACCGUCCGCUCCCGUUGACCCAGUGCGUGCUCCGCUGCACUUCAAAUCGUCAUUCUCAACCGGGUCCGAGUAGAUUAGCAAGUGAGUUCGACAGACAACGGGGAUAUCCAAGCGGUUCAGUCGGACGGAGUGCAAUGCCUAAUUAGUUGCUUGGAGUGGCAUCAUGGCUCUCUGACUGUGAACAAUGCUGCGGGCAUGGUACGGGGACUGUUCCCUGCUGGUCCGUUUGCCAAAUUUGGACACUUCUUCCACCGAGUUAGUCUAUGGUGGAAAAGAAUGCCUGCUGUUAAUUUUUUGUCAAUGUGCGGGCUGCGUGUGCGCGAGUGUGUGUGUGCGUGCGAGCGAGCGAGCGAGCGUCUGUGAGCUUUACUGCAAUUCAAUUAUUUGUGAGUGCAUAAUGCGGCUGAAGCCUAGUGCGAAAUAGUUUAUUGACAUCAAUAUCCCACGCUGCUAACUGAUAAACCAAGCAUAUGAAGACCAAUGUUCGAUACUAUCCCUUUCUUUUUCUGUAGCGCUUGCCCUUGACCCCAGCCCCACGUUUCUAUUGCGUUGCUUCAUGCAUCCGCCGCCCCUUCUUGUCUUCUCUCCAUUCGACUUUUAACACAACGCCAACCUUUAGUCAUAUUUCUAAUGAAUGAUUCAUUUGCUGAUUAUAACGCCCCUUUUUCCUGACUCUUUCUAUAUCAUUCCCUUUCUUUUUCUGCCCUUGACCCCAGCCCCAUGCCAACCUUUAGUCAUAUUUCUAAUGAAUGAUUCAUCCGCUGAUGAUAAUGCCCCUUUUCCCGAGUCUUUCUAUAUUUUCUGCUAGCCUAUAGCCCGCAUUCCGAGUUUCUCUCGCAGCAGAUCGUUCUCUGCUUUCCCUGUG